AUGCUGCUGCUGCUGCGAAAUCUGGUCGGAUGCCCGAUAGAUUCUCACUUAUUCCGGGAGAGAGACGCCAACGCGAUGGCAAAUAUGCAUGCAGCCGCGAUACUACCUAGCUGUCCUGGAAAUCUCGCUCUGGGAGAACGCGAGAGGAUGAGGUUAAUUGUCCCUUGA